CAACAACAGCUCGCGGUGCUAAACCUAGGGUUUCUCACGCCGCCGCCGCCGCCUGAGGGAGCGAGGUAGAGCCGCGAUGGCGGAGAAGAAGCAGCGCCCCGGCGGCGCUAGGAAGGAUGAGGUGGUCACCCGCGAGUACACCAUAAACCUCCACAAGCGCCUCCACGGAUGCACCUUCAAGAAGAAGGCCCCCAACGCCAUCAAGGAGAUCAGGAAGUUUGCGCAGAAGGCAAUGGGCACCACGGACGUCAGGGUUGAUGUGAAGCUCAACAAGCACAUCUGGAGCAGCGGUAUCCGGAGUGUGCCAAGGCGCGUCCGUGUCAGGAUUGCCCGCAAGAGGAACGAUGAGGAAGAUGCCAAGGAGGAGCUCUACUCUCUGGUCACUGUCGCCGAGAUCCCCCCGGAGGGGCUCAAGGGCCUGGGUACCAAGCUUGUUGAGGAAGACGAGUAGACCUGCAAGUGUUCCAAUCUUCCUCCAUCAAAGCAAUUUUUGGUGUUUUUGAGUUUGUUACCACUAGGUUCGUUAUCCUUGUGAGGAAACAUGGGGAGCCCUUUGAUCUCACUGUUGCUACCUCGGCUGGUACUGUGGUACACUCUUCAGGACACAUGGGCUUUUGGUUUAUGGAUCCAAAUCGUUUGUGCGGCCAUGCAAAGUUUCUGAAUAUCAUGAAUCUUGUUUCAUUUCCAUUUUAACUGAGUAAGGAUUAUCUCGUCCCCUA